AACUCCAUCGUCUAAUGGCUUCUUCAUCGAAACCCGAAAGGACAUAUCAUGUGUUCUUUAGCUUCAGAGGUGAGGACGUCCGGAACAACUUCCUCGGUCAUCUAUACGGGGCUCUUGACCAGAAAGGAAUCUACACUUAUGUGGAUAGCGAGGAGCUUAGGAAAGGAGAGCAGAUAGCGCCGGGGCUUAUGAAGGCGAUCGAGGAAUCGCAUAUCGCGAUCAUCAUUUUCUCCGAUGAUUACGCUUCCUCAUGGUGGUGUUUAGAAGAGGCGGCGAAAAUCAUGGACUGUAAGGAAGAAAGAGAUCUCAUGGUCUUUCCCUUAUUUUACAAAGUGGAUCCAAGAGAGGUGAGGACACCAAGAGAGAGGUACAGAAAAGCAAUGGUUAAGCAUGAGUCCAAGUUCGGGAAGGAUUCAGAGAAAGUGAAGAGAUGGGAGAAAGCUCUUUCCGAUGCUGGUAGCUUGUCCGGGUGGCAUUUGACAUUGGGGUAAGUAGAGCGGAGUCCAUAUUUUGUGUAAGAUGCUAAUUUUUCCAAGUAAUUAUAGAGAUUUGUUGUAAAAAAUCCACACGCGAUUGUAACUGUACGUAUGGAUGCUUCAUCUUAUGAUUC